AUGAGCACUACCAGUACCACCACUACCGUCGCUCAAGCGUCACAAAUCACCGCAGAAAACAUCCUCCGCCUUUUUCCCCAAAUCAACACCUCCCUCGCCAAUGCCACUUCUGCUACCCAGGACAACGACCUCGAGGGCUAUGAUGAGGAGCAGAUUCGCCUGAUGGACGAGGUUUGCAUUGUCCUUGACGAGAACGACCUGCCCAUUGGUAGCGCCAGCAAGAAAGUUUGUAUGUCGAAUUCACCCGCCUGCGCCUGCGCGCUCUCUCCGACCAAUGUCCAGUCGCUGACCCUCCCGCCAGGCCACUUGAUGGAGAAUAUUGAAAAGGGCUUGUUGCACCGUGCUUUCUCCGUCUUCCUCUUCGACAACAAGAACCGUCUGCUUCUGCAACAGCGAGCCUCCGAGAAGAUCACCUUCNCCGAUAUGUGGACAAACACCUGCUGCUCGCACCCUCUUGGUGUCCCCGGCGAGACCGGAUCUACUCUCGAAACCGCCAUUAUGGGCGUCAAGCGUGCUGCUCAGCGCAAGCUUGACCAAGAGCUCGGCAUCAAGGCACACCAAGUCCCCCUGGACAAGUUCCACUUCCUUACUCGCAUCCACUACGUCGCCCCCAGCGACGGCAAGUGGGGUGAGCACGAGAGUAUGUUUUCUGUUUCUGCUUUUGUCCAGAGUUCCGCUGACCAACCAUUCUCUANNGUCGACUACAUUCUCUUCAUCAAGGCCGACGUCGAUCUCGAAGAGAACCCCAACGAAGUCCAGGCCACCAAAUACGUCACCGAAGACGACCUCAAGACAAUGUUCAAGGACGACUCGCUUCUGUUCACGCCAUGGUUCAAGCUCAUCUGCCAGAGCAUGCUUUUCGAGUGGUGGGGAAGCCUCGACCAAGGUCUCGACAAGUACAAGGGCGAGACGGCCAUUAGGCGCAUGCUCUAA